AUGUCGGAAGAGCUCCAGGAUGAGGUAGAGGCCAUCAAUUCCAUCUACGGCGAGGGGACGCUCUCCCCCGCCUCGGAGGACUCGUCCGAGUACAUCCUCAACCUGCCGGGCGGCGCGUCGUCGCUGCGGCUGCGGUUCCCGGCGCCGUACCCGGAGGCGCCGCCCGAGGUCCUGGGCACGCACCACAGCUCGGGCGGGAGGAAGGGCGCCGGGGCCAGGGACCUCGCGCUGUUCGUGGAUGCGCUGGGGAAUGCGUUCCAGCCGGGGGUUGUAUGCCUGUUCGACUCUGUCGAGGAGUUCUCGAGGCGGUACGAGGAGGAGGUGGCGGCCGUCGUCGAGGAGGAGGAGGGGUUAGGAGAAGCAGAGCACGAGGAUGGGGGCGAGCCGGAGCUGGAUCUGGCGUCGCUGCCCACCCCGCCGUGGACGCUGUCGGAGCUCAUCGUGGACAGCAGGUCGACGUUCCUGGCCCACGUGGCGCCCGUGAGGUCCCCGGAGCAGGCGAGGCUAUACGUCGCGCAGCUGCUGGCGUCGGAUAGGAGGAUCCGGUCGGCGACGCACAACAUGACUGCGUGGCGGAUCCGCGGGGAGGGGGGCGCGAGCUACCAGGACUGCGAUGACGAUGGGGAGACGGCGGCUGGGGGCCGGCUGCUUCAUCUCAUGCAGCUGAUGGAGCUGUGGGAUGCCAUGGUGGUGGUUACGAGGUGGUAUGGAGGGGUGAAGCUGGGGCCGAGGCGGUUUGCGGUCAUCAACGCUGCGGCGCGGGAUGGGUUUGUGAGGGCGGGCAUGGUGGUUGAGAAGGACAAGGAAAAGGAUAAGAAAAAAGGAAAAUGA